CAACAGAGGGAGGUGUCAUGGCUGCUAACGCAUAAAUAAUUGUCUAUAGUUGCUCUUCAUUUGUCUACCCGGCAUCAUUGAAAUUAUCCAAUAUGGAGCACAUCAGGACACCUAAGGUUGAGAACGUGAAGCUAAUAGACCGAUUCAAUGCUCGCAAUCCUGCUGUUGGCACGUUGUACCUGACGACAACUCAUCUCAUCUUCGUUGAUCCGUCUGGGAAGAAGGAAACAUGGAUAUUACAUAUGUUGAUGUCGACUGUGGAAAAACAGCCGUUGACAACGGGGGGUUCACCUCUCCAGAUCCGCUGCAAGAAUUUUAUGACCGUCAAGUUCAUCAUUCCCAAGGAGAGGGAUUGUCUGGACAUUUACCAGUCCUUGCUGAAACUGUCACAGCCAGGUCACAUUGAGGAGCUAUAUGCCUUCCACUACACGGCCUCUGAUGACAGCCCAAAAUCUCAGGGCUGGGGCAUGUUUGACCUUCAGACAGAAUACCUGAGGAUGGGGGUGCCUAAUGAUCAAUGGGUGGGAACCAACCUGAACAAGGAGUAUGAGAUAUGUGACACAUACCCUCGGCACAUAUUUGUCCCCGCCUCAGCCAGUACACCUGUCCUGGUGGGCAGCUCAAAGUUCCGGAGCCGAGGCCGCCUGCCAGCCUUGUCUUAUCUUCACAGAGAUAAUCAGGCGUCGAUAACGCGGUGCAGUCAGCCAUUGGCCGGGUUUAGCGCUCGUUGCAUGGAGGAUGAACAGAUGUUACAGGCCAUCCUCAAGGCCAACCCCAGCUCGAAAUACAUGUAUGUGGUGGACACUAGACCAAAAAUCAAUGCUAUGGCAAAUAAAGCCGCUGGGAAAGGCUAUGAGAAUGAGAGUUUUUAUGCAGACAUCAAGUUCCAAUUCCUGGGUAUUGAGAACAUACAUGUUAUGAGGAGCAGCUUACAGAAGCUCCUGGAGUUGUGUGAACUGAAGAAUCCCACCAUGAAUGUGUUCCUGUCUGGCUUGGAGAGCUGUGGCUGGCUCAAACAUAUCCGUGCUAUUGUGGAGACCUCUGUCUUCAUCGCAAAUGCUGUGCGUAAUGGUACUAGUGUAUUAGUACACUGUUCUGAUGGUUGGGACCGGACAGCUCAGACAUGCUCCUUGGCUGGAAUGAUGUUAGACCCAUACUACAGAACUAUACAGGGAUUUCAGGCUUUGAUAGAGAAGGAGUGGCUGGCAUUUGGUCAUAAGUUCACAGACCGCUGUGGUUUACUGGAGGGUAUAGAUGCCAAAGAGGUGUCCCCAGUACUCACACAGUUCAUCGAUACAGUGUGGCAGUUCAUGCAGCAGUUCCCCUGUGCUUUCCAGUUCAACGAGCGGUUCCUGCUCACACUCCACGAUCAUGUGUUCUCAUGCCAGUUUGGCACGUUCAUAGGGAACUGUGAGAAAGAUAGGAUAGAUCUCAGGCUACACGACAGAACAUACUCCCUGUGGUCUUAUUUGGCAAAGAACCAGAGUGAUUAUCUAAACCCAUUGUACAAGAAGGAAAUGGAGGUUACCUGCCCUGUGCUGAUUCCUAAUACAAGUCCACAGUGUUUCCAGUUUUGGCGAGGAAUGUACAACCGGUUUGAGAAUGGCGUUCAUCCUCGAGAAAACAUUAUGGACAUCCUGAGUGCAGCCAAGGACCACAGUAGUUCACUGGAUGACCAUGUGAACUUACUGGAGAAGCGAGUUACGCAGAUCUGUAAGUUACUGGGCAAGUCUGAGGAGACAAUCCAGAAGAAACUGCAGGGUUUCUUGUCCGUUGAUUCAUUAGACGGCAUUCUCUCCGGAGCACUGGAUGACAGCAUGUUGCCCCAGAAAACAAACUAUGAUGGCAAAAGUGUUACAGGCACUGAGCAUAAAGACACUCCCAAUGGAGACGCGCCCAGCUCGGCUGUGUCCAAACUUUACGUGGGGGACUCGGGUGGGGUGAAGAACCACUUGAAGCUAAGCGACUCCGAGUCCGGCUUCGAUGAGUCCAGCUCACAGAUGUCCCGAUCAGGUAUAGAGGAUGGAUCAUCUAGUAUACAUGAGCUGCAUGUGAACGCUAACCACGUAGGAACCCUAACAAUCGACCAGUUGCUGGCCGAGCUUAAAACUGUCGCCAUAGACUGGAGGGCGUUCAGGAAUGUUCGCCAGUGUAACUGUGCUGCACCGUUCGACCACUUCUCCCGAAAGUACCACUGUUGGAAAUGCGGUGAGGUGUUCUGCACUCGCUGCAUCGCGCGCCACAUCCCGCUGCCUGGCCACUACUCUCAACGGCCCGUGCCCGUCUGUAAGCCCUGCUACCUGGAGGUAAAGAGAUCACCAUCUAUGGAGUUUCCAUCGAGCUUCCCCAGCUAGUAUAGUCCUACGCUCACUAGCUGUAAAUUAUUCCGACUUUAUCACGCUGUGACCUGUUGCUUUAUGUAUAUCAGUAUAUAUGUGACAGGAAUUUCUGUUUAUUCUGUGUGUAUAUAUAGACAUAUAUAUAUAUAUAUAUCU